UUACCAGAACAGAAAGGAAACUCAUGCAUCAGAAAAGGUGACUAAUAAAUGUACCAAAAGAAUAUGGGUGCACAAAUACCAGAAUCUGAUCAGAUUCAGUUGAAGGAAUUUCUUGGGACUGACAAUAAACUUACAGAAAUCUGCUUUUUGGACUGUGUUAAGACUGCACAAGAGAUACUUCAGGAAUGUAAUAUUCAGCAGAAUAAAGCUCUGGCAGCCAAAGCAGGACUCCUUGGCCAACCAUGA